AUUCGUUUAGUUUAGAGCCUCCAACUAUUUAACUGACUUGUAAUUUGUCUUAGUUCCCGCCUAUAACGGUGAGUUUACCGUUGCCAUGGUUGCGCAGCCGACGCUGUCUCCGCCUGUCGACCAGAGAAAACCACGGCUAAGACGUCAAGGGGGAAAUGAGCUUGUCCGUCACUCGCACAGUUUCUAAGAAAGCUUAUGAAACGGUCGACAGGAAGCAGCGGGCGUAUGACUACUUGUAUGAUCCUGUUUACACCGUGUCCUCCGAGGUGGACCACGCCAGGUCCAGCCUCAAGGCCCACGCGACCCGGGGCCGGCUGAGGAGGGUGCCAGAGUUUGGGUCCAUGUUCAGUAACCUGCCCCACUACCCACGCUUCACCGUCCGGCUGGACCCGGCAGAUCCAGUACCGGCGUCGGUGGCCCGCUGCUGGCGAGGCCACACAGAGCAGCGCAUGGAGGCGCUGCAGCAGCUCACUGGUGUUGCUCUAAAUGCAGACAGUGAUGUGACUGGAGCCGACCGCUGGAAAUUCUUUAAACGCCCACUGAUUCCCUUUGCACAGCAGGCUCCGGCGGAUGUGAUUUUCUCUUUGCCAAAAGAAGACUUUGUUACCACUGGUGCGAAGAAUGAUGAGCUGCAACUCACCCACACAGUGGGUGUCCAGACCGACUACAGAGAAAGUGAAACACAGACGGACCCGUACAGCCCUGAUUACGUGGUCCAACCUGGGGCAAGUCCCUCAGAGCUGCUGCAACUGGCAUCUUUGACUUGGGGUCGUGGUUUGCCUGCAGGUUUGGCAGAAGUGAAUGUGAUAAUGCGGGCUCGUGCCAAGCGCAGCUGGGAGGCCAGUCUUCCUCCACUGAAUGACCUGGAACAGCUGGACAAGAGGAGGCGCAUGAUGGAGGAGAUGGAAGCCAAGGAAUGGGCCUUCAGAGAAGAGGAAAUCAAAAAGUUGCAAGAGGCUCGCCUUGCUGUGCUGAAGGACCUGCUGCAGCAGAGGCACGAGGCCCAGAAAGAAGCCACCAAUGAAAGACUGAACCACAUAUAUUCUAAACAAGAAAAGCACAAGGACGCCAAGCUGCAGAAGAUUCACAACGACUACAUCAGGGCUUUGAGGAAACUGCAAACCAAGAGGAGAAAUGUGGAGGAGAAACUAGAGCGACGUGGCAGAGACAUAACAGAACCUCAGGCCCACGUCUCCCAGACGAAGAAGAGUACCCAUAGAAAGCAAGAGUUAAAUAGUCACUACCUGGACACAUACGAAGGGCUGCUGGAGCUGGAAGCAGGUCUAAGUGCCUCAGUCCUACGGCCCAGUGUGAAGGGUCCCAAACCCACGGGGUUUAACCACAUCCCCGCCAGGGAUGUGGUUAAACCCCGUGCAAAUGAAGCAAUAGAUCUGAUAAAGAAAUAUAAGGCCCUGAGGGAAGAGGAGAACGAGCGAGCCAGGUCCUUGCGUUUCCUCGUUAAGAAGCCAAAAGCUGUUCCACGUCCCCUCACCCCGAGCGUGGAGGAGUCGGCAGAGGAAGAUGAGGACAUAGAGAUCGCAGUCAUCAACCUGCAGAAGCUGAUAAGAGGAAGAAGUGUGCAGUAUGAGAUGUUUAAGAACAAGCAGAACCACGCGGACCUGAUCAGGGAACUGAGGACUGUUCAUGCCCUGCAGAAGGAGGAGCAGGAGAUACAGAAAGCUCAUAGAGACCAGACAGUGAAUUUGAAACUUCAAAGAGACAAACAAAGGAUCAAGACGUCUCGAGAGGAGGCGAUGCAGGCCAGAAUGGUGGGGGCAGAGCUUGAGCAGCUGUUUGACACCUUCUCCAAGGAGCUGAUCGGCCUCCAGGAGGAGCGGAGGAUCCACGCCUUUACACUUCUGGCCGAGAGGGACCGUCGCCUGAGGGAGGCCGAGGAGAGUGGAAGGAGACAGGUGGAGGAGCACAGGCGCCGAGAGGAGGACGAGAUCUUCAGACAGGUGGUGCAGGUGCACCAGGAAAGUGUGGAUUUGUAUUUAGAGGACAUCAUCUUGGGGACAUGUGAGCAGACGGCUGACCAGCAGGCCAGAGAGGAAAUCCACAUAUGGGCGAAGGAGGUCAAUGACAUCGCUUACGCCCUGGAGGAAAGUCGGACCAGUCUGCAGUCAGAGGAGAUUGUGUCAGAGUUGGUGUACAGCUUCCUUAUCCCAGAGAUUCACACCAUCAGUGUGCGGCAGCGAGUGCACCAGAGGCAGCGUAGACACUUGCUGGCAGCUCGGAGUAUCAUUCAAGGGACGGCGGAGGAUCCUGAGGCGCCAUCGCAGGUCACCAGUGCGUCUGACAGGCCCCACAGCAGGAUGCUCAAGGAGGCGAUGAGCCAAGAGGAGCAGGAGCAGCAGGAGCAGGAGCAGCAGGAGCUGGAGCUGGAAGCUGAGCAGCAACACACUGAUUAAAGGCAGCGCUGUAACUACAGCACAUGUUUGACUGUUGUUAAUACCCCUUGUUAUUACUAUUUGAAAUAUAAGUUACAUUUAAAAACAUUGCUUUCUCCACUGUACAUGUUGCUAAUAAUCGCCGUGUAUGAGUUGCAAACAACCUUGUUGAAAAAAAAAUAAAACGUUGUGAAUUCUGA